AUGUCGCCUCACGCCACAUGCCCCGAGUCUCGCCAACUGAGGUCAAAGAGAUACCUCGAGGAGUUUGCCAUAACUCGGCAUGCCUUCUUGCCCGAGGAGUCUCCUGCUGUUCUCCUCUCCCAUGCCUACUAUGAUCCUUGGGAGUCCGUUGCCCGCCAACUGCCGCAGCUCAUCGACAGCGGAGGCAUCCGUCAGGCUGUAUCACUGCUACCAGUGCUGUCAACAGACUACCUUGCAUCCGAGUCUGAAUGGCGGAGGGCAUAUUGCCUGCUCGCUUACACAGCACAUGCCCACAUAUGGGGAGGAGACAAGCCUGAAGAGAUCCUGCCGCCCCAAAUAACAGUUCCAUUCCUUGCCGUAUCGUCGCAUCUAGAGGUACCUCCGGUCCUUACAUAUGCCGGUGCCAACCUCUGGAAUUUUUCCAGCACCAGUGACGACUUUACCGACCUUGGGUCCCUGCAGACACUAUUCUCCUUCACGGGUACCGAGUCAGAAGCAUGGUUCCUCCUCAUCAGCGUGGCCAUGGAGGCCAAGGGGGCAGGGAUCAUCGACACCAUGACCGCGGCCAUCAGUGCCGUCAAAACGAGGGACUACGGCAUGAUCAUCCACGCACUAGAGGAGCUACAAGACUGCAUCAGAGGGGUGGGGGUCCUUCUGGAGCGUAUGUAUGAGCGCUGUGAUCCAAUGAUCUUCUAUCAUCGCAUACGGCCCUUUCUAGCAGGAAGCAAGAACAUGGGGGCUGCAGGUCUACCCAGCGGCGUCUUCUACGACGAAGGAGACGGGAAAGGAGAGUGGCUGGAGUACCGUGGUGGGAGCAACGGGCAGAGCUCGCUGAUCCAGUUCUUCGACAUCGUCCUGGGCAUCGACCACAAGGGCCACGGAAACACACAGAGCAGCUUCCAUGCCGAGGUGCGUGAAUACAUGCCCGGUCCGCACAGGAGGUUCCUGCUCCACGUGGCCCGCCUAGGAAGCAUUCGCGAGCUCGCUCUCCUGCCGCCUGUCACGGAAGAGCAGCAUAGGCUCCAGGAGACGUACACAGCCGCCACUGAGGCCCUGAGUGAGUUUCGCGAUAAGCACAUCAAAAUCGUUACGCGGUAUAUUGUACUUCCGUCUAAAAAACCAUGGCAGGGGACGGGGAGGAAGAAUCUUGCCAGUUCGUCGUCGGGGAUGAAGGGCUCGACGAACCUCACUGGGACGGGAGGGACGUCUCUGAUGCCUUUUCUCAAACAUUCGAGGGACGAGACCAAGGCGGCUGGACAGCUGAACUCGUCGGGGUGGUAUUAA